CCGCUGUUCGUCUGUUGGUUCAGUGAACUACAUUUGUGUUUUAUAGAGUUAAACUUGAAAGAAAAAUUUUUGAUAAAUAUACAUAUUUAAAAAAAUUAUACUUAAAAUUAAAUAUAUUUCAAGAUUUCGAAAAUAAGAGAGCAAAAUGGCUGGAAAAAGAGGUCGUGGAAAAAAAACAGAAUCUAUUGCGGUUGAAGCAGCUGAUUCUACAAGCAUUGAUGAUCAAGAGGAGCAAAAUGGGGGUGAAGCUGUUGAAACAAUUAAGUCUGUGGCAGUGGCAAAAAAAGGCGGAAAAGGUAAAAAAGAAAUUGUGGAAAAGGUAAAAAGACAUAGUAAAGAUAAAAAAAGCGAAAUCAAUGGAGAUUUUGAAGAAAAAAAGGAAGAAAUUGAAAUAAAAAAAAAAGGAAGACCUAAGAAAGAAGCGAAUGGAAAGCUAGAAGCGAAAGUUCAAGAAGAUCCAAUGCCUAUUAAAAAAGGAAAGAAGAAAGCACCUGCCGUUGAAGCUACAGAUUUGGAACAAGAAGAAGAAAUUAAUGCAGAAGCAGAGGACAAGGAAAAAACGAAAAAAUCAACUGUUUCUCGCAAUAAAAAACCAGGAAGAAAGCGGGCUUUGGAUACAGCUUUGCCGGAUAAUGAAAUUUUAGAUGAAUCAGAAACGGAAAAACAAAAACGGGAUAAAGGUGAAAAUUCCCUAGCAGAUAAGACAAAAGAAAAAGAUAGCAAAUCAGCUAAGGGUGGAAGGGGAAAGAAAAGGAUUAAUACAGAAGAAAUUGCCAAUAACGCCCUCGAGGAUGAGAGUGCAGAAGAAAAAGUAGUUGAACCUGUCGCGAAAAAGGGAAGAAAACCCAAAGUUACCGCUAAAACAGAACUGGAAAAAAUAACAGAAAAUAACGGAGUUGUUGAAAAAAAAGCAAAAGCUAAUGACACUGAAACUUUUUACGAAGCAAAAGAUUUUGAGCUCAAUAAAGAAUACACGUUAAAAAUUUCAAGCUGGAAUGUUGGUGGUCUUAGGAGUUGGAUAAAAAAAGGUGGCUUAAAAUAUGUUGAAUUUGAAAAUCCAGAUAUAUUUUGUCUUCAAGAAACAAAAUGUACUGAAGAUAUGAUUCCUAGUGAAGCAAGAAUUGCAGGUUAUCAUCCAUAUUGGCAUUGUGAACCAGGUGGUUAUGCUGGUGUGGCUAUUUACUCAAGAAAAAUGCCAAUUAAUGUUGAAUAUGGCAUAGGCGACGAGGAACAAGAUUUAGAUGGGCGUAUUAUGACAGCUGAAUAUGAAAAAUUUUUUUUAAUUAAUGUAUAUGUUCCAAACGCGGGUCGAAAAUUGGUAACGUUACCAAAACGUAUGCGUUGGGAUAGUCUUUUUCAUAAUUACAUUAUCAAGUUGAAUAAAAAAAAGCCUGUAAUAAUAUGCGGCGAUAUGAAUGUGUCGCAUCAGGAAAUUGACUUAGCGAAUCCUAAAACAAAUAAAAAAAAUGCUGGUUUUACUCAAGAGGAACGUGAUGGUAUGACAAAAAUGUUGUCAUUAGGAUUUGUAGACUCGUUCAGAUAUUUUUACCCAGAUAAAACACAAGCGUAUACAUUUUGGACAUAUAUGAGGAAUGCUAGGUCUAAAAAUGUUGGGUGGCGUCUGGAUUAUUUUAUUGUAUCGGAGAGAAUAAUAAAUAAAGUUGUCGAAAGUACUAUAAGAUCGAAAGUAAUGGGCAGUGAUCAUUGUCCAAUUACACUAUUUCUCAAAAAUUAGAAAUCGGCUCAUAUUAUACGUACAAAAGUUUGCAAAUUUUUUUAAUUUUAAAAAAUUAAAGAUUCUAAUUUGGCAUUGUGAAAAGGUUAUAAUUUAAAAAGUUUUAACAAAAAAAUCCAUUUUUAUCAGAUUUUAUUGCAGUAUUGUAUAAUUGAAAAAUAUAAAUUCAUGAAAAUUUAGUUUUAAAAACACAUAAGCUGAAAAAUUUAAAUGUGCUAAAAAUGUCCAAAAAAUAUUUUUCUUGAAAAAGAUACUUAGAAUCUGAAAAUAAAAUAAAAAUAUAUAACAAGGAUUUUUUAAAAAAAGUUAAAUAAAAUAGUUCAAAACUUUCUACACAAAAUAGCUAUUGAUGGAAAUAAAAUAUAGGUAAAGCAACUUGAUUGACGCAAUGAAUAUUUCAUACAAAAAAUGAAUUAAAUUUUUCCAAUGACAAAUUAAAUUUUUUAUUAAUUAUAAUUGAGUAUUAUUUUUUCUUUAUGGCGGGAUUGAUUUUAAUAUUAAGGAAAAUUCCUACAAGUACUGCAUUCAUUAGUAGAAAAACGUAAUUGUAGAAAUUCCGUAUUUGACAUAUUUUUCUAUUAAAUAAAGAAUUAUUUAAAAAAAAUUAUUGUUUUUGCUUGAAA